GUUUUGUUUCAACACAACAUUCAAAUUGAAUCCGAACUGAAGUUUAGUAUAGUUUAGCAAAAAAUAGUGAGACAUAUGAGUGAAAGUGAAUCAAACUAUUAAUAAAUAGUCGUCUCAUCGCUUAAACCAAUCAAUUAUUGUUAAUAUUAAUCAUUAUUCACACAAUAGUGAGAGACAGUGAGAGUGAAGGCGUACUCAAUAACGCGCGUCGACUGUAUUUAAUGACAGACAUUAAUAUUGGGGGCAAUUUAAAGGCGACGUACUAUUGGUGUUAAAGCACUGUAUGUACUGUUAGUGUUGUAUCGGUUGUACUGUAGUCUCGCUGUAUGUAUGCAGUAUGUGUAUUCACGCUGUACUGUAAGGCAGGCCCAGAGCAUAGAGAGUGAGUACAGUGUGUGCGAGCCGUGUGUUUGAAGCGCUUUAAUAAGUGGUGUUGUGUUGACGACUAUCUCAGCUGUGCUUCACUUGUGUGUAGUACACACUGUGUACGCACUGUUGGACUACAACUCACAGACCCUAACACUCACUGCUCUCAUACCUAACACAGCUCUCAAUACAACACAACUCCACACAAACUCCACUAAAAGGAUUGUCAUCAAAGCAGUUGACGCCAACUCUUGACCGCAUCAGUGGUAUAGCCGUCUAAUCGUAUUGGACUCGUGAAGGAGUGACUGACACACGUAUGGAAGAUAUGGAAAGGGAUACGAAUUCGAUGUCUCAGAGCCCGUCGCUGUGCCGCUCCGGCUGUGGAUUCUAUGGGAACCCGUCUUCGGACGGUCUGUGUUCGAAGUGCUAUAAGGAUGCGGUGAAGAGAAAGCAAUCGGCGCCCACCACUCACUCCGCAUCCGCUUCAUCGGUCAGUCACCCGACGGCCGGCAGAAAUAGCCCCACAUCUCUGCCGAUAGUGGACUCUUCCCUCAAUUUGCCACAACUGACCGGUUUUGACAGUAAUCUAAACACAGCCUCACCAACAGUUUCAUCUGCGAUAAUAGCUCAAGAUAUCACUAAACUAGAGAAAAAGCCAAACAUAAGUCCAAACAGUGCUAAGAAACGAAAGCCAAACGUUUCUAAGACCAACGGUCAGAACAAUAGUCGGACCGCCAAAUCGGGUCCAACUGAUCCCAAUUCUGCUUCGAGUUCUGCUUCUCAGAACCAAAUGUCGGUUUCAGAGCCGAACUCCAAUACUAAGGGCCCGUCUGGCUCUCAAAAUACUGACCGCUCUAUUCAUAGCAAACCAAUUGAGAGCUCACAAAAUGGUUCUGCAAAUCAAGAGAAUUGUAAUCAAUCAAAUGCUGUGGUGAACGCAAACACUGACAAGGAUUUGGCAAAUGGAUCGCCACAAACACCUCAAACACUGGCCGAUGGAAGCGAUCCGCCGAAGACUAGUAAGAAAAAGAAGAACAGAUGCACUAAAUGUAAAGUAAACGUUGGCGUCAUUGGUUUUCCCUGUCGAUGUGGUGGCACUUUCUGUAGUACUCAUCGGUACGCGAAUGAACACAACUGUUCGUUUGACUAUCGAGAACACGGCGCCGAAGAGAUCCGCAAAAACAAUCCACAAGUGAUCGGAGAGAAAGUGACGAAGAUUUGAGGGCUAAAUAUUUAUGAAUAGAUUAUUAAAAACCGGUCUCUUAUUAUAGUUUAUACAAAUUGAAUUGAAUUAUAGCUAAAAUUACAUUUUGGGUAUUCAUUCAUAUAAUAAUUCUUUUAAAACAAUUGUCAUUAUUUUCCAAAUCAUGAAAUCAUUACUCGAAGUCAAAAACCCAUUAAAAUCACUAUUUUAUGUCUGCAAUCAUUAUUACGAUUACAACAAUUGACGAGACAUUAGAAACAAAUUCUAUAAAUUGAUUAUUGAUUCAAAUUAUAAUGGCUUAUGUUAUGAGUCCAUUAAUACUGUAUGACCACAACCUCUCACACCAAUUCAGAUAACAGUUAUUUGAUUUAAUGGCAGUUCAUAUAGACUUUUGCUUAUAUUAUUGUAUUAUACGAAACGUCAUAAUUGUUAACAAUUUCUCUCUAUUAUUGCAUCCGUUUUAUUGUUAUAUAAAUAGAAAACCUUUGUGUCUGAACUCGAUCUAAAUCUAACGCCAAUUUAUAAUUAUAUUUAUUUAAUUUUUUCUUAUUAUUGAUAACAAAUAGAUAUCUAUUAUCUGAUGAGCGAUCAGUACAUACAUGAGACCCGAACACCAGUCGAGUCAUUGCUUUUUAAUUUUUAUAUUGAAUCUAAUGUUUAUAUAAAUAUAUAUAUUAUAUUAUAAUUGAAUGGCUUUUGAUUUGAAUUGUUUAUAGUUUUAAAUAAUAUAGAGUUACCGCAGGUAACCAUCGCUUAUACCAUAUAUUAAUAUGUUUGUCACUAAUAUCUUGAAAGUUGUGACUUAUUUUGUAUUGACACGACUGGUGGGCACCGAUAGGUCUCAUGUAUUAAAACAAUAUAGAAUUUAUUAAUUAUUGAAAAAACAAAUAAAUGAUUAAUAAUUUGAUGCCAUUUUGCAAUUGAUGUCAUCUUUUGCCUCAUUUGAUAGUAUGAAGUAAUCUGUAUUUGCAUUGCAGUUAUAAUACAAUACAUUUCAUUCAUGUAAAUGACCUGAAAAUCAAUUAUAUUAUCAAUUUUUGAAGAUUUUAAUAAAAUUUAAAUUUCUCUUAA